UGGACAUUCACAAUUCAUAAACCCCGCUGAAUCUAAAUCAAAAGUGUCAAGUGUGUCCGAACCAAGUCAAUCACGCGAGCGACGGAGAAGAGUCCUCGUACUUGAUUGCCGCCCGAGGUUUGACAUGCCGAUAUAAAAGCCUUUUCCCGAGAGCGGCCGAGGCUCUGUACUCGGUUGGAGCCGUCCGUGGCAUGUAGUCUGGCCCGGAACGCUUGGCUCGACACAAGUUUUAACUCGCCGCCGCCGCCGCCCCCCGGGAGCGAUUUGUGGAUGCUGCAGAAAUAUUUGAAGCAAAAAAAAAAAGUGUUUUCCUCUGAUUUGGCAAAAAGGGGUCAAGCCUGAUUUUAUCCUGCGUUUGGUGCUGUGAAUUGGAGAAUAAAAUAUCGACUAAGAACCAUGCACUCUCGAAUUCUGAUGCUUUUCUGGCGCAAGAAGCUGCUCCUGUUCGCGACCUGUUUGCUCUUUCUGGUCGCGCUCUGGUUCUGGGGCUUCCUGUACACAACCCACGUGUCGGACGGCGGCAAGAUCGUGUCCGUCAAGGAGCUCAUGAUGGGUGGAGGGGGCGGCGCAAGCCACCGCGAAAGUCUGCUCCAGCGGCUAGGCUUCUACGAGGAGGACGAAGAGGGAGGUCCUGCGGCGGGCGUUCGCUUCGUGAAGCCCACGGGGAGUCUCGCGAUGCGGAAUAAAGGGAAAUUCUACAAUGAGUGGGAGGCCAUUCUCCAGGAUCGUGAUGAGGGGCCACAUAGUGCCAGACAGGAGGUUAAACGAAAGACAGCUGAAGAACUGCGCGCGGCAGCGGAGAAACAGAACCACUAUGAACACGAGCUCAAAAAGAUGGGCGUUCCGGUGAUUGCCGGUUUAGGACCCGGUGGUCAUCCGCCUCCGGUACAGCGAUUGGUUCAUCUAGACCUCAAAGGGGCACCACCAAAGAUUUCAUACCUGAAAAGGUUGAUGCCAAUUAUGAAAACGUUGGGUGCUACGGGCAUCCUGUUGGAGUACGAGGACAUGUUCCCAUACAGCGGACCACUAGCUUCGAUUGCCGCGAAAAAUGCCUACAGCAAAGAUGAUGUUCAAGAAAUCCUACAGACAGCAUUUGCCUUAGGCCUAACUGUGAUUCCGUUGGUGCAAACCUUUGGCCAUUUGGAGUUUGUACUCAAGCUGCAAGAAUUUCAACAUCUUCGUGAAGUCGACGAUGCUCCACAGGCGCUCUGUCCAAGUCAAAAUUCGUCCAUGGUAUUGCUGGAAGAGCUUCUGGAUCAAGUGAUUGAAUGCCACACUCCACCCCACAAUGUAAACCUGUUACACAAGGAAGACUUGGCCAAACUCACCCCUAAGCUGACCCACAUUCACAUUGGUUGUGACGAAGUGUUUCAAAUCGCGCAGUGCAAUCGUUGCAAGAAUCGGCUGAAGGAUACUCUUUUUCUCGAUCACGUGUAUAACGUAGUCACGAUGAUUCACAAAAAGUGGCCCCAUUUGAAAGUGAUCAUCUGGGACGAUAUGUUGCGACACAUUUCUCUGGAAACGUUGCAAGCUUCAGGGAUCGGUAAGCUGGUGGAACCAAUGAUCUGGGUUUACGCAGAAGAUAUCUACAAGUUCAUUCAGUCGUCGACCUGGGACAAAUACUCAACGGUUUUCAGCACCGCAUGGACCGCUUCUGCCUUCAAGGGAGCCCACGGUGAAGCGCUGCUGCUGCCGCCGGUUCGUCGUCACCUGGAGAACACCCUCCGUUGGUUGGUAGUUAUGCAGGGCGAAGGAACUCGCUUCAGUAAUGGCUUGCAAGGACUAGCCCUCACCGGUUGGCAACGAUACGACCAUUUUGCCAUUCUCUGCGAACUACUUCCCACGUCACUGCCAUCGCUUGCGGUAUGUCUGUCGACGGCAUCCCGAGGCUAUUUCGAUGUGAAUCCCAAAACCAACGCCAUCCUGAGCAGCCUUACCUGUCCCGAACCAACGAGCGAACGGCACGCGUGGAUUGAACUUCACAAGGAUUCGAUGCUAUCGACCUUCUCGAGAUGCAUGUUUCCAGGCAGUGUAAUCUACCGGUUCGUUCUACGACUCAUGACCCUCAUGACCGAGGCCAAAGAGUACAUCGAUGAGGUCAAGCAGAAACGGGGUUGGCUAACGGAUUACAACAUCCGUCACAAUUUCACCUCGGGAACGCGCGUAGACGAUCUGCUUGGAGAUGAUUACAGACUGUUAAACUCCAUAACCAAUUUGGCGCGAAAUGCCGCAUCCUCGCUGGCAGAUGUUUACGACCAUUGGACUUCCGGGGAGUUUAUCGAGCAGCGCAUCUACCCCAUACUGGCUGAGUUGAAGAAUCUGGAGCGGAUCGGGGAAGGACUGAAAAAGCGUAAGACUUGGCCGCAACGACCUCUGCCCUACCUGAAACCGUUCGAAGCGCUCGGGAUCGACGAGAAAACCUAGCUAGAGGAGUACGUGAAGAUUCCACUGAGACAUUAAACCUGCCACGGGUAUCUUUUGAGCAGUUUCAUACAGACUUCACAUGUGAUUUACAGACGGACAAGUUUUUUCUUAAAACAGUAGUGUUGACUUGAUAAAACAUAGAAUGUUAGCUCAGUAGAUUGAUCGAAAACGGCGAAACAAAUCCCGAAUUAAAACAACUCUUACCUUCAGUAUUAGCACGAUUAGACGAACGUUUCGGUGAAAACAAGACUGAAAUUCUAAAACAAGUAAAUAUUAAUAAAUGUUGUAGAGAAAAAUCCUUA